UGACUUCUGCUCCUGUCAGGAACGAUCCUCGGCGGCGUGACGUCACUCAAGUUUCUUGGAGGUGUGUUACGUCACAAACAACAAGUGUCCAUCAAAGUAAGUGUGUGUGUCCGCCCUCUUCUGUGUGUGUGUGUGUGUGUGUGUGUGUGUGCGCGUGUGCGUGUCUGUCGCCCAGCUCUCAGUCAUCAGACGGCGUGGACACGUGCGGGUGAGCGCGCGCUCUCCUCCUGCCAAAAAGUGGAUGCGUGGUACCGGUGGACAAAAAGUGGAUGGUACCGGUGGACAAAAAGUGGAUGGUACCGGUGGACAAAAAGUGGAUGGUACCGGUGGACCCGACGGCGUGCGAGCGUGCGUGUGAACACGGUGAGGGGUCAUGGAGGAGCGUGCGCGCUUCAAGAGGAGAAAACAAGCCAACCCGCGCAGGAAGAACGUGUUAAACGAUGAAGAGAGCGGCCUGAGUCGUGGCAGCGAGGAAGACGAGACACCGGACGCGUCGCCCCGGUUUGGCGGCGCCCUUCUGCUUGACGACGGGUCAGAGGUCAGCCGCAGCUGGAGGCUCUGUGACGACACGGAGCGUUUUGUCAGAGUGAGGCAGCCAGGUGUUUCCCAGUCACAUGAUUGCUUCCCAGGACAUCCGGCGGACGAGAGCGCCUGUCACCCGGCGACCAUCGCCGAGUACCUGGAACGCGGCGACACCGCCAUCAUUUACCCAGAAGCCCCCGCGGAGCUGACGCCGCUGAGCACACCCGAGGGCGCCGGUCGUGACGGAAGUGAACACGAUCUGCCGCUCGGCGACUCGGCCGGGUUGCUCAUGUGCCCGUUCUGCGAGCGCGGCUACAAGCGUGUGGCGCCCCUCAAGGAGCACAUCAGAUUUCGUCAUCGGAAAGGGGCGGAGCUAUUUACCUGUCGAGUGUGUGCCGACACCUUCAGCGAGCACGCGGAGCUGCAGCGUCACAUGACCGCUCACCAGCCUAUCCAGGAGCAGAUUCUCAACGACGGCAACGGAAACCGAAAGUUCAAGUGCAGCGAAUGUGGAAAAGCAUUCAAGUACAAGCAUCACCUGAAGGAACACCUGCGCAUCCACAGCGGUGAAAAACCGUACGAGUGCUCCAACUGCAAGAAGCGCUUCUCCCACUCGGGUUCUUACAGUUCCCACAUCAGCAGCAAGAAGUGCAUCGGAUUGACGGUUCUCAACGGACGGGCACGGAACAAGGCCGGCUCCUCCCCAAAAUGCUCAACGUCAUCCCCCGAUAGCCCCGCCCUUGCCCAUCUUCACCACAAGAUGGAAAAUGGCCAACUCCAUCCGCUCGGCAAAUCGGAGAUGAUGGACAUGCAUGAGUACAGGUUUCUGAUGGCCUCUCAGCAAAGGUUUGGGGGACCUGAUGUCUAUGCAAACAGCUUCCCGGGAAGCCCCAUGGGGAUCCAGUCCUCCUCGCAUAGCCCCCUUCAACCUCUGGCGGGAUUAGGCAUGGACUUGCUUCUGCCAGGGACCCUCGGGAACCUGAAUGAUGUCCAGAAGGUCCUUCAGUUUGUGGACAGCACAGUGUGCAGACAAAAGACGGACAAGAACCCCGAGCAGGUCUCCAAGCUCCGAGCCUACAUGAAGGAGAUGGGGGCCCACAUGGAGGAGCAGAUGACUCAGCAGGCUGAGGACUCAAGCGGCCCCAUCAAGAGCAUCAUUGACUACACGCUAGAAAUGGUCAGCGAGGCCAAGGGGGCCAUGGAGGACUCCAGGCUGCAACCGGAGAUGGUCAAGAAGCUUCAGACCAAGCAGACGACUGAACUGGUCAACAAAGACAAAUCCUCCAACAGCCAGAACCGUCUGGUUCCAUACUCUUGCCAGUUCUGCAAGAAGACAUUCCCGGGAGCGAUUCCGCUUCAUCAACAUGAACGUUACCUUUGCAAAAUGAAUGAGGAGAUCCAAGAAGUUCUGCAGCCGGCCCAGCUCGGUCUGAGCAGCUACCACGGGCUGGAGUCCUCAGAAUGGCUCCUGUCCAAGAAGGAACCCAGCACCAGUCCCAUCAACCCUUUCAAGGAUCAUGUAUCGGUUCUGAAGGCGUACUUGGCCUCGAACUCCGAGCCCAACUCGGAUGAACUUCUCAAGAUCUCACUUGCUGUAGGACUUCCUCAAGAGUCCGUUAAGGAUUGGUUCAAACAGUGGAAGAAGCCGCCACCCCUUUCCGAGGAGAACGGGUCCGACCCACAGCAUAUCUUGGGACACUCGCCAAUGUCACUUCCUGUCGGAGAGUUCACAAACACCGACGUCUUCUCCAGACACUUUGGAGCCGGCAGAACAGCAGAUAAGACACCGGAUCUUUUGGACCACAACAGUCCAUCGCCCCUCAACCUGUCCUCCACCCCGUCCAAACAUUCCCAGAGUAGCUCCUACACGCCAAACAGCCUCGUCUUGGAGGAAGUUCACGGCGACGCGCCACUGGAUCUUUCCGUGCCAAAGCACCCGGCAACCAGACCCAACAGGUUCAGCAUGGAAACCGAAAGCGAGCCAGAUGUCCCGGGCAAAACAACAGGACCCUUAGACCCGGUCGAAGUCAAGAAAGAAGUCCCGGGCUCUGAUAUCCAUCACGUGGAAAAAAGUGCGAGUCCCAUUUUUGGCAUAAACGCCUUCACCGCAGGUCCAGUCUACACCUCCCUGCCGCCGCACGGCGCUUUCCCUUCCCCCACCUUCAUGUCGCCCACCCAGGCCACCUACCCCGUACUGGACUCCAUGGCCUUCCUGCCCCAGAUGGCGUACAGCUAUGCUAGCAGGGUGGCCACGUUUGCUGACACGCAGCAGACGAGUAAAAAAGCCCAGAAAAAUGGCUUCCAGGUAAGAAUAUGAUUUUUAGACUUCUUGACGAAGCGUGUUAGAAAGUUCAUUAUAUUGUUCUGCA